UAAAAAGUAGUUUGUCCAUACACCACAAUAGAACGUGAUCCAAAACUAAAGGUGAGGCUUUCUCUUGUCAAAACACAAAUGAAAAACAAACCCAAUUGAAAGUGCCAAUAAAUUUAUGAAACCAAAUAACCAAUUGAUACUAAAACAAUGCCAUUGGCUCUAAACUCACUCAUAUAAAAUGGGGUCUAUACCAUGUACUCAUCCUUUAUUUCCUCAUAUUUUUACUCGAUCUAGCAUACCCAGAUCCUUGUUCUUCCCACAAAAUCAAAAAUGGUGGAAUUUGAGUUGUUGGGCUUCUAGUUUUGAUGCCGCUGGGAAUUCAUUUGAUGAUCAAACUUCAUCUAAAUUGGAAAAUGUUAAUGGGUCAUUAGAGUCCGUUUCUUUCGGGACAUUAUUAGAUGCUAAAAUUACCCCAGAAACUCAUGAUUUUUUUGUUAGUGAUGCUAAUGGUGACCCUGAUUGUCCCACUAAAGGCUAUUCUUCCAUUGACCAUGCUAUCAUCAACCUUAAACAGGGAAAGUUUGUGAUUGUUGUAGAUGAUGAAGAUAACAAUGAAGGAAAUCUAGUUAUGGGUGCAUCCCUAGUGAGUCCCCAAACCAUGGCUUUUAUGAUCAAACAUGGAUCAGGAAUUGUUUCUGCAGGAAUGAAAGGGGAGGAUCUUGAACGUUUAAAGCUUCCUCUUAUGUCACCGGACACCGAGAAUUCAGACUCUAAUGCUCCUACUUUCACCAUCACAGUGGAUGCAAAAGUGGGUACAACAACAGGUGUAUCAGCAUCAGAUAGAACAAAAACUGUGCAUUCUCUUGCAUCUCCAAACUCUAAGCCUGAAGAUUUCAUCAGACCUGGUCAUGUUUUUCCUCUAAAGUAUAGAAAUGGGGGUGUUCUCAGAAGAGCAGGGCACACGGAAGCUUCAGUUGAUUUAGUUAUGUUAGCGGGAUUAAGACCAGUUUCUGUACUUUCAACCAUUAUUGAUCAAGUUGAUGGCUCUAUUGCCUCUUUAACCACUUUAAGAAAGUUUUCAUUAGAGCACAACAUUCCCAUCAUCUCCAUCACCGAUUUGAUUAGAUAUAGGAGAAAACGAGAGAAAUUAGUCGAGAAAACAGUGGUCUCAAGGCUACCAACAAACUGGGGACAAUUUGAAGCGUACUGUUAUCGAUCAAAACUAGAUGGAAUGGAGCAUAUAGCUCUCGUAAAGGGAGAUAUAGGUGACGGUCAAGAUGUCCUAGUACGAGUUCAUUCUGAGUGCUUAACAGGCGAUGUAUUUGGCUCAGCUCGAUGUGACUGUGGAAACCAGCUCGCUUUAGCAAUGCAGUUGAUUGAGAAAGCGGGAAGAGGAAUAUUGUUGUACCUACGAGGUCAUGAAGGUCGAGGAAUUGGGUUAGGUCAUAAACUCCGCGCUUAUAACCUGCAAGAUCAAGGCCAUGAUACCGUUGAAGCCAACCUAGAACUAGGCCUGGCUGCUGAUGCGCGUGAUUAUGGUAUUGGUGCACAGAUUUUACGGGAUAUUGGGGUUCGAACGAUGAGGCUAAUGACCAACAAUCCAGCAAAGUUCACAGGCUUAAAGGGUUAUGGGUUGGCUGUAAUAGGAAGAGUUCCUGUUUUAACACCAAUUACAGAGGAAAACCGAAGGUAUUUGGAAACGAAACGAACUAAGAUGGGCCAUAUAUAUGGUUCGGAUUUACACGGAUUAUUAUCAGGAUCGAUUAAUUCGAGUCCUGUAAGUUUUGAUACACAAGAAACUGAAGAAGAAACUGAUUGAGUUUCUUUAUAGAAGUAUAGUUGAGUACAGAAAAACAAAUUCUAAAAGAGCAAGGCUUAGACAAGAUAUGUUUGUCUUGAUCUUUGUGGAAAUUACCAAUUUGAUCUCAUUUUUAAUUAAUUUAAGGUUAUUGAUCUUUGUGGAAUUUUGUAUUAAUCAUUUUUAGUUAUAUAUAUUAAUAUAAAUACUGAAAAAUUUCACAUGUCACGUUUCUAGAGCAUUUGUCUAAUAAAAUACAUUUGAUGGGUUAUUGAUGAUGACAUGAA